GGUGGGUGGUGAAGCAGUGAUUCAGGGAACGGCUCGGCCACGGCAACCCAGCCCUUCGGUGAAAUGAGGUCGUGGACAAGUCGAGAGGGCACCCAGUCUAGAGAGGGAGGCAGCAAGACCGGGCAACCCAAGACAGACUGGCGUUGGGGACCCAGGGCUCAGUGAGCUCGGGAAGUGUUGGCAUCUUGGGGGGGGGGCUGCCUGAAGGAAGGACACACCUUGCAGACCCCGGGCGGGGACCAGGAGGCUGCAGGGGCAGUAGGGCUUCCUGGACAUCUAUAGGCACUCUAGACACAGACCGACCAGUGGAGACCCACGGGCCUGGGCGGACUCUUUGCCUUGCCCUAAAUUGCUUCUCAUAUUUCUGAGCUGGGUUAGAAGUGAUUUUGCGUAGGCACACGAUGAGAGGAACUAAAAAGAAUAAGUAUGGAGUGAUUUCAAAUGUCCAGGCAGUAUCUACCUGUGUUUGGUAGGCAGAGUUCCUACAAUACAGGUGUGCAAUGUUUUGAUCCACAGGUGUAACUUGCUUCCCCACUCCCUUGUACUGUGUGAGAGACUGUCUCUUUGUAAAAACUGGAGGAAAAUGGGCAACAGGAAGACACCCACAAACACAUUACAUUCCAAAAAAAUUAUUCCACAGCCUAAUAAACACGAGUAUUGUAUACAGUUGGACUGUUUGCUUCAGUGUAGCCACCCAUUAAUAAAUUUAAUAAAAGUUACCUGCAUGAAAGGUGGACUGCUGUUGGCUGCCUUGUGGUAGUCCACAGCCUGUACCUACCCUUAAGUGGAAGCACCCUUCACCUAGCAACCAUGAGGGAGCUGGGCUCCUUAGGUCCUCAGUGGAAGUGUAGCCAACUGUCUUUACAAAGACAAAUGAGGGCAUUGUCUGUUUUUUCUGUUGUUUGUCCUGAGUGCAAGUCUCCCUUCAAUUAGUUUCAAUAGUAUUGAAUACAUCCCUAUCAAUAUGGUCACUAGUUUAAUUACAUGGUGUGAUAGUUAAUUCUGGAACACCCAAGGUUCAUAAAUCCUAUUAAGUGGACUUUUCCAUUGGAAGGCUGGACUUGGGGGUGGGAGGGGUGAUGGUGGUGAUGUGCUGCGAAUAUUGGUCCAUCUUCUACACACUGAUUUGAGCUGGAGGACUAAAGACCAAUUUGGCGACUAACAUUUGUUGGGCCCAUUGUUUUAAUUCAUGAAAAAGAGAUCAUUUCAAUAAUUAUGCAACUUAAUGGGAAAGCAAUUUAUUCAUUUUGCAAGUAUCAUUUUAGGACAGGCUUUUUUUCAUUAAGGGGAUGUUUAUACCCUAUUUAGUGGUCUGAACCUUGCACCAAAAUCUGCUUUAUCAUUAUUACAGCAGAAUUUUUUAUUGACUUGGACAUAAAGCUUGCUGAUUCUUCCAAUUCCUUAUCUGAAUGUUAAAAUAAAUAUGCCAGUAUUUAUACAUUCAAAUGAGAAUUUCUCUCCUUCAGAAGCCUCAUCUUGGCAAGCUGUGUACUAAUUCUAUUGAUGUUGUCAUUGCUGAGAAUAGUUUUGGAGCUCCCGCUUUGGAGUUGCCUUCAGAGUGUUUGGCACGUUUACUGUAUCUCCUCAGUGGUGGGUAAAAGCCAAACAGCACUUGGGGCCAACUUUGACUUCCGAGGUGGGUGAUGGAGAUUAUGAUAAAUAUAUCCAUUAAAGUAAUGAAAGUCCUCUUGAAGGACUGGCAGUUCUAAAAAGGGCAUCCGGCAAAGUUGGGUAUGUGUUUAGAAUUGGAAAGUAACUACUUUGAAGUAUAGCCUUCAUUUGAGUGUUUAUGUUCUGGUAUGUGUGUUAAAAAAAAAAAAAAAUCAUCCCAUUGCUUAUUAUACCUUAUUUACUGCCGGAGCUCUGGUGGCUCAGUUAUUAAGCAUUGGGCUGCUAACCAAGAGGUCGGCAGUUCGAAUUUACCAAGCACUCCUUGGAAACUCUCUGGGGCAGUUCUACUCUGUCCUAUAGGAUUCCUGUGAGUUGGAAUUGACUUGACAGCAAAAGAUUUUUUUUUUUCCCCCUUCCAGGUACUCUUUAUCAGGCAGUUACUAUCACUGUAUAUUUUUACAAAAAACAAAAGACUUGCUUUUUCAUAAAAAAAAAAAAAAGUAUCCAGAAAGCCACUUACCCAAUACGUGCUUAAGGCCUGGUACCUGAGUUUUUAUGUGAAGUAUCAACAUAGAAGCAAGGGGAGGAGAAUGAUUUCUGACAAUCCAUUUCACAGACAAUGUGAAAAAUUAACAUAUGCCUUUUUUUCCAUUGUUUCCCUAAAGUCCCAAUUUUUUUUUUUUAGCUUAUAGCACAGAGCUUCAUACAGCCAUGGCUUGAAUCUUGUUCGAGCUGUAGCCUUGGACAAGUUAUUUAAUCUAAUUCAGCCUCAAUUUUCUUACCUUAAAAUGAAAAUACUAAUGAGUAUUUACUUCAUGGGGCUGUGAUGAAGAUUUAUAAAUAAGAUUUAUGCAUGUAAAAAACUGAGUUCAGUGCCUGACACAUUAUAAAGGAAAAAAAAAAAACCCAGUUGCUAUAGGGUCGGUUCCAACUGAUGGCGACCCCAUGUGUUUCAGAGUAGAACUGUGCUCCACAGGGUUUUCCAUGGUUGUGAUCUUUCAGAAGCAGAUCACCAGGCCUUUCUUCUGAGAUGCCUCUGGGUGGAUUCAAACCGCUAACCUUUCAGGUAGUAGCCAGUCACUUAACCUUUUGUGCCACCUGUGGACUCCUAACACUUCAGUGCUCAAUAAAUGCUAGCUAUUUUUGUUAUUGGUAUUUUUAUUGAUAGUUUUAUAUUUUAACUCUUUUGAAGCGAUAUACAAAUUUACCUUUUUCUGGGCAAUGCUAUUCCUUUCAGCUGGGCUUUGCAAAUGAAUAUGUGAAUGAGAACGUUUUGUUUUUACCUUCCUGGCUGCUUAGGAGUUUCUAAAGAGGAACGUUAUAAGCAACUGUAGUUGAUUAUUUUAAAUUCAGAUGUUUUUAAAAUGAGCUUUCCUAUUAUGAUUGUGUACUAGAUAUAACAGUUUGGUGUGGUAGUGAAAGUCCAAAGGAAAGAGUUUAAAAUCCUUGCCUAUAUAUUUUUUUUUUUUCCUGACCCAGUGAAAAUAUUGUUCUAACGAAAUAGCUGCAGUUGUCUUGACUUGUAUUGAAAGGGGUGAUUCUAGGAAACAUUUGUUUCCAGUGACUUGAGUUUUGCUCUCCUUUGUUUUUAUAAACAGUAGACAAGAAUAACCUGACACUAAGUUCUCAGCUCUUCUGUAAAUAUCAAUAUUAAUUUUUUCGAGUUUGUGAAUUUUAUUAAUAUAUGUAAAUUAGGAAGAUGCAAAAAUUUGGAAAAUAAUUUAUCUUAAUCAAAUGGUUAAGGUUUGCUGUAAAGUAAUGUUUUGGGAAAUGUUCAACGCUUAGUAAAAGUGUUCUGUGUUUUCGGCAAGAAAGUGCCAGAGAGAGAGAGAGGGGUACAAGACACUGGCUUUGCUCUCCGGAAGUCCACGUGAUGCACUGACUUAGCAGACAUUAGCAAAUGCUUUUUCUCCCUGUGGCUUGUGAGGCUAAAGAUUAAUAUGGAUUUCACUACAUGUUCUUUCCCUCAGUUUCUCGGAGAGGGUUAAGUGUGUGUUGUUGUUGGGUGCUGUCAGGUCAGUUCUGAUUCACAGCAGCCUCUCUGACGGACUGGGGUUUCCUAGGCUGUCAUCUUUAGGGGAGUAGAUCAGCAGAUCUUUUCUCCUGUGGAGCAGCUGGUAGAUUCAAACCACUGACCUUUUGAUUAGUAGCUGAGGUCUGUCAAUACUGUUCAUAUUUUUUAGGUGGAUUAACACUUAGAGGGUUAGAUCCUACUAGACACUCAGAUGCCAUGUGUCUUAGUUAUCUAGUGCUGCUAUAACAGAAAUACCACAAGUGGAUGGCUUUAACAAACAGAAAUUCAUUUUCUCAGUUUAGGAGGCUGGAAGUCCGAAUUCAGUGCUGGCUUUAUGGGAAGUCUUUCUCCCUGUGCUGGCUCUGGAGGAAGGUCCUUGUUUCUUUAGCUUCUGCUUCUUGGCUCCUUGGCGAUCUCUGUGUGUCUUGGCAUCUGUCUCACCCCAUCUCUCUUCUGCUUGCUUGUUUAAUCUCUUUUAUAUCUCAAAAGAGAUUGAUUCAAGAUACACCCUACACUCAUCCUGCCUAAUUAACAUAACAAAGAUAACCUAUUCCCAAAUGGGAUUAUAACCACGGGCAUAGAGGUUAGGAUUUCAGCACGUAUUUUGGGGGGACGUAAUUCAAUCCAUAAUACCACGGAAGGAGAUAAUGGCUAUAAAAGUACUUAAUGAAUUGUAAAGCGUAGGGUGGUAUUAUCGUUGUACCAUACUUCCCCGGAGUGUUCUGAUUAUCACCUCCAUAGUGGUAUUUCGUCUUGCUCUGUGUCUCUUCUGAAUCAUGGUUUAUGUACUUGUAAAGUGUCAGGAAGCUAUAGCAACCAGUUUGCCAUCAAGUCAGCUCCAACUCAUUGCGACCCCAUGUGUGUCAGAGUAGAACUGUGCUCCAUAGGGUUUUCAAUGGUUGUGACCCUUUGCAAGUAGAUCAGCGGGUCUGUCUUCUGAGGCACCUCUGGGUAGAUUCACACUGCCAAACUUUGGUUAGUAGCUGAGCACUUAACUAUUUGUGCCACUCAGAAACAACAUAGCAACAGUGGUUCUUCAUUGGAGUGUGUGUGUGUGUGAAAGAACCAGAGAGAGAGAUUUUGCCUUCUGGGAGACAUUUGGCAAUGGCUGGAGACAUUUUUGAUUGUCACAACUGCAUGUAGUGGGUAGAAGCCAGAGAUGCUGCUAAACAUCCUGUAAUGCACAGGACAGGCCUUCACAACAAUCUGGCUCUAAAUGUUUGUAGUGCUGAGAGACCCUGGACUAGAGCUUGAGAUCUGGAAUGAGGAUAGACCUGUGUUAGCAUCUGGUACCAACUGGAGAGAUAGUGUGGAAUUAAAUUAAAUGAGAUCAUCUAUAUGAAGUACUUAGCAUGCAGCAGAGUACCCAAUAUAUGGUAACUCUUAGUCUUAUUAAAAAAACCUGUCACUGUCGAGUCGAUUCCAACUCAUAGCAACCCUAUAGGACAGAGUACAACUGCCCCAGAGGGUUUCAGGGAGCAGCUGGUGGAUUUGAAUUGCUGACCUUUUGGGUAGCAGCCGAGCUUAUAGCUACUGCGCCGCCAGGCAGGGAUUAAGUGUUAGGCUGCUAGCCAAAAGGUCGGCAGUUUGAAUCCACCAGCUGCUCCUUGGAAACCCGAUGGGGCAGUUCUGCUCUGUCCUGAAGGGUUGGUAUGAGCUGGAAUUGACGCAAUGGGUUGGGUUUUUGGUUUUCUGAGUCUUAUGACCGGUAAGUAGAUCUGGGUCAAAAUCUAGGCAUUAUGCUUUAAACAGGAGUCUUUUGGAGCACAAAUGAUGAAGUGCUUAACUACUAACUGAAAGAUUGGCUGUUUGAACCUGCCCAGAGGAGUUGGAAAGAAAGGCCUGGCGAUCUGCUUCUGAAAGGUCACUCAGAGCCUUGAAAACCCUAUGGAGUGCGGUUCUACUCUGCAAUACAUGGGGUCACCACGAGUCAGAAUAGAUUCCAUGGAAACGAGUUUGUUUGCUAGUUUUAUGCUUUAAACAGACACUGAAUGACUUUUUUAAACUGUUAUGUGGAGAAACCCUGGUGGCGUAGUGUUUAAGUGCUACAGCUGCUACCCAAGAGGUCAGCAGUUCGAAUCCGCUAGGCGCCUCUUGGAAGCUCUAUGGGGCAGUUCUGCUCUGUUCUGUAGGGUUGCUAUGAGUCGGAAUAGACUCGACGGUAGUGGUUUUUUUUUUUUUUAUGUGGAGAAACAGUCCAGGUUUCUUGAUCCCAUCUGUCAUGGAUUGAAUUGUGUUACCCCAAAAUAUGUGUCAACUUGGUUAGGCCAUGAUUCCCAAUAUUGUGUGGUUGUCCUCCAUUUUGUGAUUGUGAUUUUGUGUUAAAGAGGAUUAGGGUGGGAUUGUAACACCCUCACUCAGGUUACAUUCCUGAUCCAAUGAAAAGGGAGUUUCCCUGGGGUGUGGCCUGCACCACCUUUUAUCUUACAAGAGAUGAAAGGAAAUGGAAGCCAGCAGAGACGUGGGGACCUCCUACCACCAAGAAAGCAGUGCGGGGAGCAGAGCACGCCCUGGGGUUCCUGCACAGAGAAGGUCCUAGUCCAGGGGAAGAUUGAUGAGGAGGACCUUCUUCUGGAGCCGACAGUUGCUCUGGAGCGGAUGCCCUGAAUUUGGACUUCUAGCCUACUAGACUGUGAGGAAAUAAAUUUCUCUUUGUUAAAGCCAUCCACUUGUGGUGUUUCUGUUAUGGCAGCACUAGAUAACUAAGACACCAUCCUUGUGCCCAGUAGUAGGGCAGGGACAUAGACUUAGAGGCUCUGAUGUACAUCUGUAGUUCAUUAUGUAUUCUGACUCAGGUUCUGCCCUGGCUCUUCCAGGAAGCUGAGUGUAGGCUGCAGAUCACUCCAACCAAGUGUACAGAGCAGUCCCCGGCUUCUGUCCUGUAGAGAAAAAGGGAGCUGAGGAUGGAGGAGAUUUCUGUCCCAUCUGGGCCACACCUGAAAGGAGAGGAAGCCCGAGUCAGGCAUCCCCCUCUGACAGAGCUCAUCACCCAGGCUUCAGCAGUUUCUACUCAGGCCCCUGUCUCCCAAAAACCCAUUGCUAUCGAGUUGAUUCUGACUCAUGGUGACCCUGUAGGACAGAGUAGAAUUGCCCCAUAGGGUUUUCCAGGCUCUAGUCUUUACAGAAGCAGACAGCCACAUCUUUCUCCUAUGAGCAGCUGGUAGAUUCAAACCAAUGACAUUUGGUUAGCAGCUGAGCAUUUUAACCACCACGCUUUAACCAGGGCUUUGAACCAGUUCAGUUGUGGCCGAUGAAACGAAAUCGGAACAGACCCGAAUUUUUAAAAUUUAGAUGAAGUGAAACGAUAACCGGAACGGGAAAAAUUAUGGGUCGAAACCCUGGAAUGGUAGACUCAGAAGAGGUGUAGUGAGCCCUUUCAGGAGCCUGAUACUUGAGAUUGGAUUAUUGCCAGGACUGAGGAAAGCAGCACACAUUGAAAGUGGCACAGUUGGCCUCCAUCUUUGAGCAGGGCACCCAGUUUUUGACUCGCCCAUCAAGAGAUUUGGUUGCUAUGCAACGCGCAUACCGCCCUUAUUUUCUAAGUGGGAAAUCAAGUUUCUAGGAGGGCUUCAAUCCUUAAUAUUUCCCAUUCCGGUUAUUUUUCUGCUUCACCUACAUUUUUAAAAUUUAAGUCAGUUUGGGUUUCGCCUCAUCAGCCACAACUGAACCCAGAAGAACCGAUUUGAAGUUCUAGUUUUAACCACUGUGCCACCAGGGCUCUUUCAGGCCCUUGUCUAUACUUGGUUAAAGCUUCCUGUGCUGUGUGAACAGGCAGGGAGGUCUGGCAGUUUCUCUUUGCUUUUUCUUAGCUCCUCCUCCUCAAGCAAAGAAUUUUUGCAGGGGCCCCUUCACUUUUAACAAAAUAUUCCAAAUCGACUUCAGUUUUGCUCUGCAUGGGAUUACCCGGCCAUCUGGGAGAAGGAAGGGGGCCUCCCCUAACACCCGUGCUCCACUUUGACCUUCAUUCCUUCUGUGUUUUCUUCAUGAAGACUGGAGCCACGAGUGAGUAAUCAGCUCACAGUAACCAGCAGUUCUUCAGGGAAUGGCGCAAAUGCCAGGAGCAGAGAGUGCUUAAGAGACAGGGUUGUAAAAUAAAGCAGUGGUAUUUUAGCUGUGAGCUAGAAGCCAUUAGCACUGUGGUUCUCAACCCUGGCGGUGCAAUAGCAUCACCUGGGGCUGUCUCAGAAUGCACCGCCCCACCCCACCCCAAAGCAUUAAUUCAAUAUCAGAAUUCUUAAAUGCUCCUCAGAGAUUCUGAUUUCCCGUGAGAGUUGAGGAUUGAGGACCACUGCCUUCUUGGGUUGUGGAAUCAAUGACCUGCUUUAAAAAAAGAACUACCAAAUAAAAAAAUCAAAGUGGUAUAAGUAUUUUGUCAAACUUUUGUUUGGUUGCUGAGUGUUUGCUAGAUGGCGAUGUAAAGCAUAUUUCUUCUAACAGUUUGCAGGCAAAAAAGUUUGAAAAACGAUGUUUUAGAGCCUUGUUGUUAGUUGCUGUUGAGUUGGCCCCUGAUUCAUGGCAACCCUAUGCACAAGGGAAUGAAACACUGACCUGUCCUGCACCAUCCCCAUAAUCAGUUGUGGAUCACACUGUUGUAAUCCGUAGGGUUUUCACUGGCUGAUUUUCAGAAGUAGAUUACCAGGCCUUUCUUCCUAGUCCUACUUAGUCUGAAAUUUCCUCUGCAACCUGUUCAGCAUGACAGCAACAUGCAGGCUUCCACUGACAGGUGGUAGCUGUACGUGAGGUAUAUUGGGAGGUAGUCAAAUCCAGGUCUCCCACAUGGAAGGCGAAAAUUCUACCAAUGAACCACUACUUCCCCCUUUUAGAGCCUUAAACCAAAAAAAAAAAAAAAGACCAUUGUUAUUGAGUCAGCCUCUUAGAUGUAGAGUAGAACCACGCCCCACAGGGUUUUAAAGGUGUGACCUUUUGGAAGCAGAUUGCCAGGCCUUUGUUUUGAAGCCCCUCUGGGUGGUUUCAAAUUGCCAACCUUUCUGUUAGUAGUCAAGCGAUAACCAUUUGUGACACCCAGAGACCCCUUUUAGAGCCUUAUUGUUGUUGUUGUGUGCCAUCAAGUUGAUACUAACUUGAACCUUCCAAAACCAAAUCAAACCUGUUGCUGCCGCGUUGAUUACGACUCAUAGCAACCCUAUAGGACAGAGAGGAACUGCUCCAUAGGGUUUCCGAGGAGCGGCUGGUGAAUCCGAGCUGCUGAUCUUUUGGUCAGCAGUCAAGCUCAUAACCACUACGCCACCAGGGCUCCGAUUAUUAUGAGUAAAUUUAUCUUACUGAGCAUUUUUUGCGUGUACAUCUGCUGGACAAUUUUCAAAGUGCUUUUUAUAUAUCCUGUCAAAUACAACUUUUGCAACAUCCUAAAAAAAAAAUUUUUUUUUUUUUUAUGAUGCAUGCAAGGGAGAUAUCUUACUGAUUGUUUGCAUAUGAAAGAAACUUGAGGUUUGGGAGGGUAAGAAAUUUGCCCAAAAUCAUAAUGAGAAAAUGGCAAAACAGGGCCUAAAACCCAGGACUUUUGAUUACUGCUCCAGGGCUCUGGCUGUCCCAUCUUUGGUUCUUCAGAUGCAGUAGACCCUGUGAGAAGAAAGGCGACUGCAAACCGAAGCAUGAGUCUGACUUAAGCAUUUUAAAAAUAAUAAUUACUGACUGAACACUUACUAGUGUCAGGGAAUUUAUUUACAUUACCCCCAUUUAAUUCUGAGAACAACCCUAUGAGAUAGGUACCAUUAUCAGCCCCAUUUCAAAGAUGAGGAAACUAAGGUGCAGAGAGAGGUUGUGACUUGCCCAAGGAGCAGAGCUGGGCUCUGACGGCAAAGCCCGAGUUCUUCAUCUGUGCUCUGUAUUGUCCCAGUACUAAUCUGUUGGCAUAUCUCUAGGUUCCCGAUGCCUAUCUCUAGGAGCAGUUUAAGUAGCAGUGUAAUAGCCCUAGUACCUGUAGCUUUUACUCAGCUUUCCUUGUGUGUAUGGCGGGAACCCUCCGUCUCCCAGUGGAUUAAGGGAGGAAAGCCUUCUCUGCUGCCUAGAUUUACUUUAUGGGGCUCUAUUUAGGAUGUUUAUGAUAUCUCACGGUGAAUUGCUGAAAUUCUUGGUAUGGUCUGGGUAGUCAAGGCUGAGAAAGAAGUUGAACAAUAAUCCUUGUGAAAUGAGAUCUUGCAGGCCUUCCCAGUGGUCUGGGAACUAAAGGCUGCCUUGCUCAUUUGUUCGUUCAUUCAUUCGUUCACUAAAUAUUUAGGGCUUAUCAGACGCCAGGAUCUAUGCUAAAUCCUGGGAGAGAAUAACCAAAACAACUGAACCAUUGCCGUCAGGUCGAUUCCGAUUCAUAGCGACCCUAUAGGACAGAGUAGAACUGCCCUAUAGAGUUUGCAAGGAGCAGCUGGUGGAUUUGAGCUGCCAGCCUUUUUGGUUAGCAGCAGAGCUCUUAACCACUGUACCAUCAGGGCUCCUGGAAAAAGAGUAAAUAAUAACCAAAAAUACAAUACCUGCCCUUACGGAAGUUGCAGUUUCGAGAUACGUUUUAGAGAUGACAUCCCCUUCAGAGAUGGAUAGGGAAAGCUUUUUUAUCAUGGCUUCCCAAUGCCAGCGUACAGGGUUAAGAUCACAAGCCCAAAGCAAGGCUCAGACCACGUGUAAAUAGGAAGGCACUAGUUGGUUACUGUCUUAGACUGGGCUCUCUAGAGAAGCAAAACCAGUGAAGCGUAUAAAUAUGUGUUGUUGUUAGGUGCCAUCAAGUCGGUUCCGACAUAUAACGACCCUGUGCACAACAGAACAAAACACUGCCCAGUCCUGAGCCAUCCCUACAAUCGUUGUUGUACUUGAGCUCAUUGUUGGAGCCACUGUGUCAAUCCACCUCAUUGAGGGUCUUCCUCUUUUCCACUGACCCUGUACUCUGACAAGCAUGAUGUCCUUCUCCAGGGACCGAUCCCUCCUGACAACAUGUCCAAAGUGUGUAAGACACAGUCUCGCCAUCCUUGCUUCUAAGAAGCAUUCUGGUUAUACUUCUUCUAAGACAGAUUUGUUAGUUCUUUUGGCAGUCCAUGGUAUAUUCAAUAUUCUUCACCAACACCACAAUUCAAAGGCAUCAGUUCUUCUUUAGUCUUCCUUAUUCUUUGUCCAGCUUUCACAUGCAUAUGAUGCGAUUGAAAAUACCAUGGCUUGGGUCAGGCACACCUUAGUCUUCAAGGUGACAUCUUUGCUCUUCAACACUUUAAAGAGGUCUUUUGCAGCAGAUUUACCCAACGCAAUGCGUCUUUUGGUUUCUUGACUGCUGCUUCCAUGGCUGUUGAUUGUGGAUCCAAGUAAAAUGAAAUCCUUGACAACUUCAGUCUUUCAUGAUGUUGCUCAUUGGUCCAGUUCUGAGGAUUUUUGUUUUCUUUAUGUUCAGGUGCAAUCCAUAUUGAAGGCUGUGGUCUUUCAUCUUGAUUAGUAAGUGCUUCAAGUCCUCUUCACUUUUAGCAAGCAAGGUUGUGUCAUCUGCAUAAUGCAGGUUGUUAAUGAGUCUCCCUCCAAUCCUGAUGCCCUGUUCUUCUUCGUAUAGUCCAGCUUCUCGUAUUAUUUGCUCAGCAUACAGAUUGAAUAGGUAUGGUGAAAGAAUACAACCCUGACGCACACCUUUCCUGACUUUAAACCAAUCAGGAUCCCCUUGUUCUGUCCGAACAACUGCCUCUUGAUCUAUGUACAGGUUCCUCAUGAGCACAAUUAAGUGUUCUGGAAUUCCCAUUCUACGCAAUGUUAUCCAUAAUUUGUUAUGAUCCACACAGUCGAAUGCCUUUUCAUUGUCAAUAAAACACAGGUAAACAUCCUGGUAUUCUCUGCUUUCAGCCAGGAUCCAUCUGCCAUCAGCAAUGAUAUCCCUGGUUCCACGUCCUCUUCUGAAAACCAGCCUGAAUUUCUAGCAGUUCCCUGUCAAUAUACUGCUGUAGCCAUUUUUGAAUGAUCUUCAGCAAAAUUUUGCUUGCGUGUGAUAAUUAAUGAUAUUGUUCUAUAAUUUCUGCAUUCGGUUGGAUUGCCUUUCUUGGGAAUAGGCAUAAAUAUGGAUCUCUUCCAGUCAGUUGGCUAGGAAGCUGUCUUCCAUAUUUCUUGGCAUAGACAAGUGAGCACCUCCAGUGCUGCAUCUGUUUGUUGAAACAUCUCAAUUGAUAUUCCAUCAAUUCCUGGAGCCUUGUUUUUCGCCAAUGCCUUCAGAGCAGCUUGGACUUCUUCCUGCAGCACCAUUAGUUCCUGAUCAUAUGCCACCUCUUGAAAUGGUUGAACAUCGACUAAUUCUUUUUAGUAUAAUGACUGUGUAUUCCUUCCAACUUCCUUUGAUGCUUCCUGCAUCGUUUAAUAUUUUUCCCAUAGAGUUCUUCACUAUCGCAACUUGAGGCUUGAAUUUUUUCUUCAGUUCUUUCAGCUUGAGAAACACCAAACAUGUUCUUCCCUUUCGAUUUUCCAUCUCCAGCUCUUUGCACAUGUCGUUAUAAUACUUUACUUUGUCUUCUCGAGACACCCUUUGAAAUCUUCUGUUCAGUUCUUUUACUUCAUCAAUUCUUUCUUUUGCUUUAGCUGCUCGAUGUUCAAGACCAAGUUUCAGAGUCUCCUCUGACAUCCAUCUGGGUCUUUUCUUUCUUUCCUGUCUUUUCAAUGACCUCUUGCUUUCUUCAUGUGUGAUGUCUUGAUGUCAUUCCACAACUCAUCUGGCCUUCGGUCACUAGUGUUCGAUGUAUCAGAUCUAUUCUUGAGAUGGUCUUAAAUUCAGGUGGGAUAUACUCAAGGUCAUAUUUUGGCUCUCGCGGACUUGCUCUGAUUUUCUUCAGUUUCAGCUUGAACUUGCAUAUGAGCAAUUGAUGGUCCGUUCCAUGGUCGGCCCCUGGGCUUGUUCUGACUGAUGAUAUCGAGCUUUUCCAUCAUCUCUUUCCACAGAUGUAGUCAAUUUGAUUUAUGUGUGCUCCCUCUGGCGAGGUCCAUGUGUAUAGUCGCCAUUUAUGUUGGUGAAAGAAGGUAUUUGCAAUGAAGAAGUCAUUGGUCUUGCAAAAUUCUAUAUAUAGGGAGGGGGAUUUAUAGCAAGGAAAUGGCUCAUGCAGUUGUAGAGGUUGGAAUGUCCCAAGUCCAUGGGUCAGGAUGGAGGCUUCUCCUGAUUCACAUAGCAGCAGGGGCUGGCGAACUCAAGAUUGGCAGGUCAGAGGACAGGGCUCUUGCUCAUAGUCUGUGAAGAUUGAGAAUCCAAAGAUCAAUGAAUCCCAAGAUCAGCAGGCAAGACUGCAGGUCAGGCAAACAGGAGCCAGCUGUAAGUUCCAGAGUGAGCAAACACCCACUAACCUUGCCAGGAAUGUCCAUCUACAUUCAGUGUAGGCCACAUGCCCAAGGAAACUCCCCUUCAACUGAUUGGCUACUCACAGCAGAUCCCAUAAUGGAGGUGAUAACAUUAUAUCAAAUUUCAUCAUAGAAGUAAUCACAAUAUCAUAGGACUGCCAAACUACAUCAUAACUGCCAAACCACUGAAAAUCGUGGCCCAGCCAAGCUGACAUACAAUCUUAACCAUCACAGUUACCUACUCAGAAGUUUUUAAGAAUUAGACUUCAUGUUAUCUCACAUGGUGUUCAGAAAUGAUGCUUUCCCAAAGAUAAGGAAGUCACCCUCUGCUCUAAGUCAACUGAAUUGGAGGAUCAGGUUGAGGUAAGCCUUGGACUUAAAGAAGAUUUUCUUGGUAUGUAUGGGGGAGUGCAGUACUAUGCCUCAGUUUCUUCAUUGUAAAGUGGGGAAUAAUAAGGUAUUGAAUUAAUACAUGUAAAUGCUUGGGACAGUGCUUGACACAUGUCAAUUGCUCAAUAAAUGUUAUGUGUUAUGAAAUAUUGUUAUUAUUAGAGACCUCUAAAAUUUUUCUGGAAAGAAGCAGUCGGGAAUAGUGGUCUUUGUAUUGACCCUGAGUUCUAAAGCAAAUUACAGAAGGCGGAGACUAUUGCACAUUUAGCAAAACCCAAGAAGAGUUCUUUCUGUUGUUGUCAAGCUGUCUAGGUAGCUUAUGAACUAUUCCUAUUUUUCUGUUCAAGGAGGAUUCAGAACCUUAUCAAAGCAAUAUUUGUUGAAUGACUGAAUUAAUUAUAAUGAUGGUGAAUGUUAAUAUAUAAUAGAAAUAAUGAGAGAAUUCAGGUUUCAGGAAGAGUACAUCUAGAGAAGAACUAAGGCUAGCUCAUAGCCUUUUCUAGGCUGACCUGGUUCCUGGCUUUAACCAAGCCCCAGUUCCUAGCACUGUAAGAAUUUGAGGGAGACUAGAGCUAAGGGGAAACCCUGGUGAUAUAGUGGUUAAGUGCCACGGCUGCUAACCAAAAAGUCAGCAGUUCAAAUCCACCAGGCGCUUCUUGGAAACUCUAUGGGGCAGUUCUACUCUGUUCUUUAGGGUUGCUAUGAUUGGAAUCGACUCAAUAGCAGCAACGGGAAUAGAGCUAAGGUUAAGGAGCCUUAGUGGUCCAGUGGUUAAGUGCUUGGUUGCUAACCAAAAGGUCAGUGGUUCAAAUCCACCAGCCACUCUGUGGGAGAACGUAGCAGUCUGCUUCCAUAAAGAUUGCAGCCUUGGAAACCCUAUGCAGCAGUUCUGCUCUAUCCUGCAGGGUUGCUACGAGUCCAAAUUGACUCAAUGGCAGCGGGUUUGAUUUUUGGUUCUUGGAGCCCAGGUUAUUGGUUAAGAGAUUUUUGUUGGUUUUGUGAUACAGCUAGGAGUAGGAACAGUGACAUUUAUCAUACCAGGGUCAUGUAUCCAAGAUUAAGAAGAAUAUGGAGUCACAGAGUAGGUAAUUAGGUGCUUUUUGUCAACGGCUUGGAACUAGGUAUUCUUCCUAUCAUUAGCACCUGCACUUUUGAGUUCAAGAAACUAUCCAAGAAACUUAAGGUAAAAGUCUAUAAACAGGAAAUUGGAAGAGGGCUAGAUUUACCCAAACCAGUUGAGGCUGGAAUUAAAACACACACACACACACACACACUGCUGAAUAUUGCCUGUAGAUCAAUACUUUUGUGAGAAAAGAAACUCUCUCUUGAUGAAAACUAUCUUCUCAUUUUCUCCUUAAAUUCACUCAUUCUAAAGAGAAUUGGUAAAGUUGUAUAAAAUACUGAAGAAAAGGUUGCAUAAUGUAAAAUCAAUGGUGGAGUCUAAUGACUCUUGAAUUAGGAAAUUUAUAUUCAUCAUGAUAUAUUUAAGUCCAUCCAAAAAAUUCAUUCCAGGAGUCCCAUUUUAGCUUUCCUAUUCCUGCAUUUAAGCAAGAUAAAGGCAUUAAUGUUAUUCCCUUGAGUUGCAGGGACCCAGAGCAUUUGAGAAAGUGGAAUCAGUCCAUUUCAUGCUUGGGCUAUUGUUGGAAUUGGCUGCAGUACUAGAAUGUGACCCAGACAGACUGAGGUAGAGUCCCAAGAAUGUCAUUGAAAUGGAGUAGCAUUUCGCAGGGCUUUGAAUCAGUUCUUACUGCUUCAGUCAUGGCUAAGGAAGCAAAACUGGAACAGACCCAAAUUUUUAAAAUUUGGGUGAACCGGAAUGGGAAGAAUUAUAGGUUGAAGCCCUGCUAGAACCUAAUCUCCCUUUUAGAAAACAAGGGCAGCAUACUCGUUGCAUAGUAAUCAAAUCUCUUGCUUGUUGGAUUUUGAGAAGUGUUGAAAACAUUGGUUCCCUGCUCAGAAAUGGCACAGCUUUGAAUGUGUGUUGUUCUCCACAAUCCUGCCGAUAAUCCAAUCUCAUGCCUCAGACUCCUGAAAGGGCUCGCUCACUGUACGUCUUCCAAGUCUCCCAUUCCAGGGCUUCAACCCAUAAUUUUUCCAAUUCCAGUUAUUGUUCUGGAUCACCCAAAUUGUAAAAAUUCAGGUCUGUUCCGGUUUCUCUUUGUUAGCCAUGUGUGAACCACUUCAAACCAGUUUGAAGCCCUGGCAUUUCAGGAAGGUGGAAACUGAUUGAUCAAAUCUGGAUUUAGUGAAGAGGCUCAGGUUAGUUCAUGAAGGGGCAUAGGCAUUUUUGGGAUUGUCUGACAUUUUUUUUUUCCUCUUUAAAACACACUGAAGGAUGACUUUGUUUUUGAUGAGUUAUAUCCCAGAAAGUAAUGUUACCUUCUGAACUCCUGCUGUCAGCUCACAGGACCCCUGACAAUUGUCUAUCUCAGUUGGGACAUGAGUAUUUUAGAUCUUUGCAGCUGAAGAGUCAUGACAAAGGAGCACUUGAGGAAGAGGGAGAAAAAGGAAGUAGAUGUUCUUGGGGCGUAAACUGAAUCAUCAUUUUUGGGCUGUGAUUCUACCAUAGCAGCAAGAGGUGUGGCUCACAGUGAGCAAUCUGUCAGUUCAUCUAUAAGGACCUUUUUUUUUUUUUUUAACCACUUAGUAAGUGCCUAACACUGUGCUAGACACUUGGAGGGAUACCAGAGAAGCAUAAACCAUGGUUUUUGUGUUUAAGGAAAAUAUUUGGAAACCCUGAUGGGGGAGCAGUUAAGAGCUACGGCUGCUUACCAAAAGGUUGGCAGUUCGAAUCCACCAAGUGCUCUUUAGGAACCAUGCGGGGCAGUUCUACUCUUGUUCUAUAGGCUUGCUAUGAGUCGGAAUCGACUCAACGGCAACAGGUUUUAUAAUAUAUUUGAAAAAAAAAAGAUAUUUGAAGCAUCAAUUUUUUUUCACACAAAAGAGAAAGAAAACUUCAGACCAUUUAUAAUUAUGUGCUGAGCCGUGAAACACUGGUAUUAGGUGCGGUGCCAUUCAGUUUAGAAAAGCGAGAUGUCAAUAUGAACUCUUGUGGUCGGAGUGUAAUUCAGUAAAAACAACCUGAGAUCUUAAGGGAGGAAUAACUGUUAGAUAGGUAGACAUUUCUGAUGGGAGAAAUAGCUUAGGCAACAGCACAGCAGCAAAUAUCAGAAAGGCAUGUGUGUGUGUGUGUGUGUAAGGCCCAGAGGAAAUCCACUCAGUCCUGCUUCAUUUUUCUUCAUAUCGUGUGGUGCCACUGCACAUACAUUUGUUUACAGUCUUUCUUUUCUGCACGGGAGCUCCGUGGUAAGCUGCAUAAGGAAUACGUGGGGCAGGAUUUCAGAUCUAGAUUGCCUGUUUGUUGCCUUAGAGAAAGAAAAAGGAAAUUCAUUCACUAAAAAAUAUUUUUCAAGAGCAUAACUAUGUGCUUGACUCAGUUCUAAGUGUUGGAGGUACAGAAGUGAAUAAGAGUCCUGCCUUCAUGUAACAUACAUUCUCUUGGGGGAAGACAGAUGAUAAAUGAGUAAAUCCCGAAAUAAAUAUAUAGGUAGUGGUAAAUGCUAUGAAGAAAAAUAAAUUAAGAGAAGGAGAAAGAAAGUGCCUGUCUUAGCUAAGGUGAAGGAUAAGAAAAUUUUUAGAUUAGCCCUUUACUUCACUGGAUUAACCUGGAUUACCAGUUGCCAGGGAAAAUAACCAAAUCCCACUUCGCAUACUAACUGAGUGGAAGAAUCAAAUUCCACUUUUCACUUCUCUGCCACUGCUGUUUUGAUACCAACUGUACAUGCAGCACCUCUUCCACUGGCCCUAACCGCCUGGAGCUAGGACAGACUUCACAAGUUAAAGGACACAGUCUUCCAGACUGCAAGCUCUGCCAAGACCUCAGAUUACACAAGCCUGGAGCCCACACGCCACCCUCACUUCUGACCUGCUGGCUACAAAUUCAGGGUUUUCCCAUUACUCCUUCAGGAUACCAACCAUAAGCUCAGGGGCCCCCAGAACCUCCCUCUUCUGACCUACUGGCUCCCAGUACUCCUUUGGGUUCAGUAAUUCUCUAGUAUCACUCACAGAACUCAUGAAAGCACUGUACUUAACAAUUACAAGGAUACAAAUGAAGAGACAUAUAGAGCAAGGUCUAGGGGGGUUCCCGAUGCAGAGCUUCCAUCUUAAAAAGGGACAUGUUACCCUCCCAUGGGCAUAGAUGUCUAUCACCAAGCAGGAGGCACUUGGAGCUUCUGUGCCCAGAACAUUUAUUGGGGGUCAUUAUGUAGUCGUGAUUAGUUGAUUAACCCAUCUCUGCUGAGGUCAACUGAUGUCACCAGGUGCUCUUUCUGGACUGGCUAUCCCCUACCUGAGGCAGCUAAUCACCGUACCUCAGGUGUAGCCUGGAGGCCUCAUUAAAAGACAUUUAUGAUCACUGGAGAAAUUCCAAAUUUUUUCACAGGAACCAAGGACAAAGACCAAAUUCUUUCGUAAAAUUAACGUAAACCCCACACCACAAGAGUUUUUGCUCAUGGAGUUUUACCUUUAUUUUUUAGUUAUCUUAGCCAUAGAUCCUCUCAGCGAUGUACCUAGUGCUCAUUUAGCAAGCAUUUCACAAUAGUAAUAAAAAUGGCCCUGCUACACUUGAAUUGGGCCGCAUUUUUCCACCUUGCUUUUUACAUAUGUGUGUAUGUGUGUGUAUUUAUGUGCAUAUAUACAUAAUUUGGUUGGUGUUGAGAAUAUACACAGCAGAAGAUACUCCAGUUCAAUUUCUACAUGUACGCUUCAGUGACAUUCAUUGCAUUCUUUGGGUUGUGCAGCCAUUCUCUUCUUCCUUUUCCGAAUUGUUCCUCCCCCAUUAACAUAAACUCAACUGUCCUCUAAGUUUUAUGUCUAAUCUUUUGAGCCUUGCUUUUUGUUUUGCAAUUUUUUUUUUAAUUGAAAAGGUUAUUGUCAAGACAUGUACUGCAGAAGAAAUGUGAAUCACAUGGGAGAGACGUGUAGGUGCUAAUGAAGUGAUAGGUACCCCUGUUCAUUGACUCUGUGGAGAAGAUUGAGUGCAGAUGCAUCAAAAUGUUACCACGUGAAGGAGAAAGUAACUAAUAAACUGUUUUCAUUACGUGCUAAGCUGUAAUAUAUCUCAUAACCCAGAGAACCACUGGGUCUAAAUAUCAGCCAAAUUGCAAAGACAGUAAUAAUAAUACACCCCUGUGUCCUUAAAGGCAUACGGAGACAUAGAAUAGCUGUGUAUAUUGAGCAAUUGCAAUGCGACAGACAUUGUGCAAGACAUUUCACUUGCAUUAUCUCUGAUCCUUGGCAACAGCAAAUUCCUGCAGAUACCCUGCAAAUACCAAGGAGGGAGAUACUACCCCAGUGUACAAAUGAGAAAACAGAUGAAGUAGCUGGCCCAAGGCCGUUACAGUUAGUAUCAGAGCUGAGAUGACAGUAGAUUUCUUGUUUCUGAGACGACAUGGGGUAAAAAAUUCAGCGAUUCUGGUUUAUUUAUAGGCUACCUUGGAGUGUACAUCAAGUCUGGAAUUGGUCCAGGGUGGGGCUUUCUGUCAGUCCAGCUCGGCAUCCUAUCUAAAGAAUUCUAGAAGUUGGGAGAUUCUAGGGCUAACUCUGAGUAUGUAACUGUUUCCCUGAACCCAUUGGAGGCAUAGAUUGUAAUGAGUGGUCCAUUAGCAUUUAUUUCAAUAUUUCAUAUGCCUACAAAAGCGAUCAGAAGCUAAAUAAUGAAUAAGGAAGACUGAAGAAGAAUUGAUGCAUUUAAAUUAUGGUGCUGGUGAAGAAUAUACCAUGGACUGCCAGAAGAACAGAAGAAUCUGUCUUAGAAGUACAGCUAGGAUGCUCCUUGGAAGCGAGGAUGGUGAGACUUGUUCUCAUAUACUUUGGACAUGUUAUCCAGAGGGACCAGUCCCUGGAAAAAGACAUCAUGAAUGGUAGAUGGUCAGCAAAAGAGAGGAAAACACUCAGUGAGAUGGAUUGACACAGUGGCUGAAACAAUGGCCUCAAACAUGGCAACAGUCCUGAGGAUGGCACAGGACUGGGCAGUGUUUCAUUCUGCUGUGCGUAGGGUCCCUAUGAAUCUGAACUGACUCGAUGGCACCUAACAACAACAACAAGAGGCGUAUGUUUGUGUGUGAAACAGCUGCAUAGGCCAUUAAAACUUGGAAGUGCUUUGCUUUUGCCUAAAGUGAUAUCAGCUCAGUUUGGAGCCACCUUCUAGCUGAUCUAAAGCUCAUUGAAAUUCUCUGAUUUGUGAUGGUGCGUAUCUGACUAAAAUAUAUGGGGAAAUUCAACUGAAGGUUCAUCUGUAUAUAUCCAGCCAACCAAAACCCAAACCCAGUGCCGUCGAGUCGAUUCCGACUCAUAGUGAUCCUACAGGACAGAGUAGAACUGCCCCGUAGAGUUUCCAAGGAACACCUGGCGGAUUUGAACUGCUGACCCUUUGUUUAGCAGCUGUAGCACUUAACCACUACGCCACCAGGGUUUCCUUCUGUAUAUAUACCUCACCCCAAAUUAUUCUGAAGCAAACCCAGACAUCAUAUCAUUAUGUGUAAAUAUUUCAGAAUGUAUUUUCAAAAGCUAAAGACUCUUAUUAUAUUCCUUAAACUUUCACACAACCCUAUUGGUGUUGUACGGUGCAGGUCACCAGGUCUUUCUUCUGUGGAACCUCUGAGUGGUUCCAUUUGCCAACAUUUCAGUUAGCAGCUGAGCACUUAACCAUCGUGCCACCAGGGCUCCUUAACAAUCCUAUUGGACAUGAUUUUAUCCCUGUUUUAGAGAUGAAGACAAUGAGACACAAGGAGGUUAAAUUACUUGCCCAUAGUCAGCCAACUUGUAGAUGGCAGAGUCAGGUUUCAAACCCAAGGUGCCUAACUCCAGAGCCCGUCCUGUUAACCACCAUACUAUAUGGUUUCCCCUGGACCCCUUUGCUGUAGCUGAUCCUGCACUACAGAAUUGGAUCCUGAGAGAAGAACAGAAAACUUCCAGGACGUGAGUGUGGAUUUCUGUGAAUUCAACCACCCUGUCCGUUGCUGCAGAUUGGCUCUAUUUCGGUACACAAGGAUGGAGUGGUUGUGAAAGGCCUGGAAUUAUCAUCUCCAGGAGUAAAGGGACCAAUCUGAAAUAUUAAUAGAUUCUAGUUGGGCUGCAAAACUGAUAAAGCAGUCACAUUAUUGUGAUAGUGUUUGAAAUGUUGGGGAAAUCAGCAAUGAAAAGGACAGGAAAUUUGGCUGUCAUUAAUAUAUGACUAUCAAGGGAAUGAAAAGGUUCUUUAAAGUGAAUUUUCAUUUGGUUUUUUCUUUUGGCAGAAUGCAUCUGAAUCUUCCCAUGGAGUCUUUUGAGUUUGUUUCUAGCACAGCUAAUUGUGUUUAUUUGUCUCGAGAAUCACAUGCUUGCCUCCUCUCCCUUGCCUUUUCUUAAGGUCUCUUGCCUGCUGUGUACUGCUUUUACUGCCAGAACGUUCUCCUCACCUGGGAGCCAGUUGGCUGACAACACAGAGUACGUGUUGGGAGGCCAGUGCUGCUGCUCCAGAGACCUGACCCGGCAUCUGGGAUCCAGGGGCACUCACAGGAGAGAGAGAGAGAGAGAUUAUAUAAGGUGGCUAAGAGAGGAGCCAUGUCUUUUGCCUUAUAUGCACCCUAUUUAGUCUAUCAUAGUGUUAAGAAGAGUGCAGAAAGCAAGUAAAUACAGUUGAUUCAUUGAUCAAGAGAGCUUUGCUAGUUCAAGAAAUUGAUCCUCCAUUUUUCCUAUCCAAAAAAAAAAAAAAAAGCAUCCCAUUGGCUUUUCUGCUUAGUAAUUUCCCUUUCUGUUGGGGUUACCACAUUAGCUUGAUUCUCAAACCUUAGUUUCUUUUCCCUUCCCCUUUACUGGCCCAGUGCCAUCACAGAAGCCAUAUAACUGCUGGAGACUACCCAGCUCCUUCUUAACCCUCAUACCUGUAGAGCACUAAAAAGCGGUACUUGUCAGGGUGCAGUUGAAGAAGAGACUAGAAAUUAUACCUUUACCCCUCUUUGGGAUGUGCCAGCGAGGACUUCGGUGUCCCUUUUAGGGAGCAUGUAUUUUCUUUGAACGUUUGUUGCAAAUAUUUUGAAAUAUUUUUUCAUUAUUGAUACAACUCCUGCUUUUUAAAAAGUCCAGUGGGAAAAGCACUGGACUGCAAGUCACUUAACUGUAGGAGUGUGAUCUCGGGGAUGGCAAAUACCUGGCUCUGUGCCACGGUUCCCUCAUGAGUUGUCUCUCACGAGCUUGUGUCAGACAUUCUAAAUCCAUCGCAGCACCUUUCCUUCUUUCCCUGGGAACUCCACAGAGACCUGGAAUGCCUCUCAAUGCAUUGAAUUGCUCCAGGAAGUUAUUAGUAAGCAGUAGAGAUCAGCAUGGAGAUUGAAAUCUAUUUGCCUUCACCAAAAUAAGUGGUCUCUGAAGCCCUUCCCACACUAAAGUUCCAUGAUCCUUCUUGCCAGCAGCCGCAUUAGAUCGAUAACAGCUAAGGGUAAGUGUUACCAUCCAAGGAUACUAAAUCCUUCCUGGAAAGCAGGUAACAAGGGGGAAAUGCUUUAAAAGCUGAUGAUUAGGGGAGGAUUUAGAGAUCAUGACUCAGUUCGGAGACGGUUAGUAUGGGCUUUACAUUAACUUUACUCAGAGAAUUUGGUCUUUGUCCUUGAUUUCUAAGAGAUAAAUUCUAAAACCUUGGAAUUUUUCCACCGAUCAUAAAAGUCUUCAGUGAGGGCUCCAGACCAUACCUAGCCCAACACGUUAUGCUAAUAUGUUGAUGGCACUUGGGUGAGGCUGGCCAGUCCAGAAAGACCCACCAAGUCAUAUCAACCUUGCCAUCACCUGUGGCCACCUCAUGCUAUCAGCUGACCUCAGGGGAGUGGGGCUGGAGUUUGUGUUACAUAAUGGACCCCUCACAAUAAAAGCUCUGGAUGUGGGAGCCCCAUGGGCUUCCUGACUGGUGAAAGACAUUGUUGCACGUCGUAGGGUAGUGUGUCCCUUUUUGUUGGGACGUGGAAGCUUUAUAUUGGGAACUCUUCUAGACCUCUUCUUUGUGCUAAUCCUGAUUGUAUCCUUUAUAAAGCUGUGUAAUUGUAAGUAUAACACUUUUCUUGAGUUCUAUGAGCCAUUCUAGCAAAUUGUUGAACCUGAGGGCAUACUGGGAGCCAGCAGGUCAGGAGUGAGGGGUGUGGGAACCCCUGAGCUUAUGGCUGGCAUCCUAAAGGGGUAGUGGGAAAACCCCAGAUUUAUAGCCAGCAGGUCAGAAGUGAGGGUGUUGUGGGGAGUCCCAAGUUUACAGCUGGUGUCUGAGGUUUUGGGCCCACUGGCAGUCUGGAGGACUGUGUCCUAUGACUUGCAAGGUCUGACCUCGCUCUGAGUGGUUGGGGUCAGAGGCAGAAGUACAGCUUGUGCAAUUGGUGUCAGAACAGAAGCGGAACAGAAUUGAGAAGUGGAAUUUCGUUUUUCCUGUCAGUUGGCUGCAUCCCUGCUCCGACCUGACCGUGUUGGGUUGACGGAGCCUGCCACAGCCAUGACGACCGCCAUCUUGGAGCGCCUGAGCACCCUGUCUGUCAGUGGCCAGCAGCUGCGCCGCUUGCCCAAGAUCCUCGAGGAUGGGCUUCCCAAGAUGCCUUGCACCGUACUAGAGACAGACGUGCCUCAGCUCUUCCGCGAGCCUUACAUCCACGCCGGCUACCGCCCGACAGGCCACGAGUGGCGCUACUACUUCUUCAGUCUCUUUCAGAAACACAACGAAGUGGUCAACGUCUGGACCCACUUGCUGGCGGCUCUGGCUGUCCUCUUGCGAUUCUGGGCCUUUGCAGAGGCCGAGGCCUUCCCAUGGACCUCCCCCCACUCCCUGCCCCUGCUCCUUUAUAUCCUGUCUUCAAUCACUUACCUCACAUUUAGCCUUCUGGCCCACCUGCUGCAGUCCAAGUCGGAGCUCUCUCACUAUACCUUCUACUUUGUGGACUACAUUGGAGUGAGUGUUUACCAAUAUGGCAGUGCCUUGGCCCACUUCUUCUAUAGCUCUGACCAAGCCUGGUAUGAACGGUUCUGGCUUUUCUUCUUGCCAGCAGCUGCUUUCUGUGGCUGGUUGUCUUGUGCCGGCUGUUGCUACGCCAAGUAUCGUUACCGGAGGCCUUACCCAGUCAUGAGGAAGAUCUGUCAAGUGGUACCGGCAGGGUUGGCCUUUGUCUUAGAUAUCAGCCCCGUGGCACACCGUGUGGCUCUCUGCCACCUGGCUGGCUGCCAGGAGCAGGCAGCCUGGUACCACACCCUCCAGAUCGUCUUCUUCCUGGUCAGCGCCUACUUCUUCUCCUGCCCUGUGCCUGAGAAGUAUUUCCCCGGCUCCUGUGACAUCGUGGGCCAUGGGCAUCAGAUCUUCCAUGCCUUUCUGUCCAUCUGUACGCUCUCUCAGCUGGAGGCCAUCCUCUUGGACUUCCAGGGGCGCCAGGAGAUCUUCCUGCUGCGCCACAGUCCCCUGUCCAUCUACAUGGCUUGCCUCUCCUUCUUUUUCUUGACUGCCUGCAGCGCUGCCACUGCAGCCUUCCUGAGGCACAAAGUCAAGGCCAGACUGACGAAGAAAGAUUCCUGAGGCUGGAGCAGUGUGUGGACGCGGCUUGUUGUGAUUUGGAGAAAACUUGAUGCAAUGAUAGGAGCUGAUGUUUUUAAGAGUUGGUUUUUAAAUGAAUGAUACUUAUCUCCAAGGACAUGCUAGGGCAGCAGUAUUGGAAAGCCAAAGGAUUCAAGAGUUUUGUUGUUGUCGAUAAUAAUAGGAGUAUUCUAUUUCCCUUCUGGGCCAUAGCCCUACAAAGGGCUGAGAUUCAUGGGACACCAAAUUAAGAAGAACCAUCAUUAUGCCUAAAAGCUUGGCAAAAUUCUGACCAUAGCCUCCAGGGGCAAGUCUAGAGCUGAAGUGAUAAUAGAAUUGGACUGGGAUGUAGGCAGCUGAUCCACACCCUAUUGGAAUGGCCAUCCUCCUGUGCUGACCUUGGUAGCUGAAUUAAUUGAUCUGAGGGCCCUAUUUCAUUUGGAUUUAAGAUUGUCCAUGGUAAAGAAGUCUGAAUCUUCAAGAUAAUUCGGUGAAAACCUUAGACCUAGUGAAUUACUCAGUUCAUCUGAUUUCUGGUCCCCCCUCUCGUCCACUGUUACACUGACCCUUUUCUCAAGAUGACCACCUGUCUGGCUGAUUUCUCUGAAGUGCUACCCACCUCCUAUUCCCACCUGUACCUUGCAUGGUACAUAAAAGAUUAAGAAGCAGUUAAAACUCUGGGAAAUGCUUGGAUCCAUGUGGACAUUCCAGAAGCUUGUUCUCAUAUAAUACUAAUGUAAACAGCACCAGGAAGCACAGUGCCAAGAGCCACCAGAAGGUCCAGCCAACAAGCUUAGAUACUGUUUGGUGUCAUGGGACCCUUUUGUUUUAUACCUGUGGACUGUAGGAUUACUUGAGUGCUAUUAGGGCUGCCUGUAGUGUAAAUCAGUUCUAAGGGCCACUCUAAAACCAGUUGUUGAGUUGAUUCCAAUUCAUGACGAGAGUCCUGAUUAUUUCAAGAGGAACCCAAAGUCCAGUCUCCUAAAUAGGUGAUAUCCCAUGAAGGACCCACACAGUUUCCCCAAGCCAGGGCCAGAUAGGCAGUCUGCCUCAACUUAGAGUUUAUUGAUUGUUGUUAGUUGCUGUUGAGUUGAUUCCAACUCAUGGGAACUCCAUGUGUGCACAGUAGAACUGCUCCCUGAGAUUUUCAAGGCUGUGAUCUUUUGGAAGCAUAUUGCCGGGCCUGUCUUCCAAGGCAUCUCUGGUUGGGUUCAAACCGCCAACCGUUCAGCUAGUUCUUGUCGUUGGGUGCCAUCGAGUCAAUUCUGACUCAUAAUGACCCUGUGUGACAGAGAACUGCCCCAUAGGGUUUUCUAGGCUGUAAUCUUUAUGGAAGCAGACUGCCAGGUCUUUCUCCUGGGGAGCCGCUGGGUGGGUUCCAACCACCAACCUUUAGGCUUAAUAGUUGAGUGUUUAACUGUGCCAUCUAAGGACUCCCAUCCUAGAGCAGAACCUCUAAAGUAAUCAAGCCCCAGGACAGGUGAGCUUGUGUGCUCUUUGUGGGAUGCCCCUGUGAAGGCCCCUCUGGGCCAGAAUGUGUGAACUGGGGGCACCCUGUAGCUGGAACCCUCUGUCCAGCAGCUUCUGUGGGGUAGAUGGUGUUUGGGCGUGAUGUGUUCUGGCCGUGCAGCCCUCCGUGAGGACUGUACUUCUGCACUGAUCCAGUAAAGGAGGCUAUGGAAAUAGAAGGGUUGUGGAUGCCUUCUCCUCAGAGGCAUAUACCUCCUGAAAGGUCCCCAUUUACUAAAAAGUGAAGUAGUGUAACUCUAGCUUGAUGAACAUUCUCUAUUACUAGGUUGCUUUGUUUUCUUCAAAUCUUUGCUUUCUUCCUCUCUCUGAUUCAUAUGUGGGUUUUGUGCCUUGUAAAUGGAAAUGUAUGAACACUGAAUAAUAUGGCCAUGUGGAAUUUUGUUUUUGGUUAUUGGAGUAUGAAAAAAUAGCCCAUUGUUUUCCAACUAGAGAAUGAAGGAAACUCCAGAAAGCCAGAAUUGCUUAGCAAAUCAAAAGGCCCUUUCAACUUGUAUUUUGGCCAAGUGGGGAAUGGGAAAAAGAUACUCAACUGAAGUCUUUCCUGUUAACUUUAUAUCAAGAAGGUGUGUAUUUUGUCAGCUACAUUGUUUUCCUAGAUGAAUUUCUCCGGUUCAUCCUCAAAUACCUGAACUUUUGUGCUACCCAGGUAUCUUACACACAAGCUUCUGGUGUCUAGGCCAAAUUCAUGGCAAGUAAAGUGAGCAAAAUGAACAAGGAAAUGGGGGAGUUGUGCAAACAUGUUGCAAGUAGACGGUCAAUUUAAAAUGGAAUGUAGAAAUUGUGAACAUUUUUGUCAUUAUGGAUUCAAAGAUUAUAUUCUUUUAAAAGUUGGACGGGAGAUACGAAGGAAGAGGGAAGGAGGGAGGUGUAAGUCAAGCUCUUGGAUAUAACUGUAGUGGCAAUGGUGGACAGAGAGCUUUAGGCCAAAUGCAGGUAUUUUUUAAAGGAGAGAAGAGGAGGUAGAGCAGUAAUCUUCAGAUGUGGUCCAUGGACCAGUGCCAGUCAGCAUGUGGUUAACACUAUGCAGAGAGAUAAGUUCAGAAAGUGAGACUUAAGCUUUUAGAUGUUGCCGUAAAAGUUUUAUUUUAGUUUACCCAAAUAUUGGUCGCUCCAGGGACUAAGAAUUAAAAGGUAACAAAAAACAGUUCUUCACCACAGAUACUUGAGAAGCAUUGAGUUAGGAAACUAUGAUAUGCUCUCAAAACAGCAGUAUCUCAUUAAAAACCAGUCAGACCAGUAGCUGUUGAGUCGAUUCUUGACUGAUGGCACCCCCAUGUGUGUCAGAGUAGAACUGUGCGCCAUGGAGUCUGCAAUGGCUGAUUUUUUCAGAGGUAGAUCUCCAAGCCUUUCUUCUGAGGCACCUCUGGGUGGGCUUGACCUUCCUACCUUUUGGUUAGCUAUUUGCACCACCCAGGAACUCUAAUAUCUCAUUAACCAAACCAGUGAAAUCAAACCCACUGCUGUUGAGUUGAUUGGGACUCUUAUUGACCCUAUAGGACAAAGUAGAGCUGCCCCAUAGGGUUUCCAAGGCUGUAAAUCUUAAUGGAAGCACACUGCCACGUCUUUUUCCCGUGGGGCACCUGGUGGGUUCAAACCACUAACCUUUCGGUUAGCAGCCAAGUGCUUUAACCACUGCGAUUCCAUGGCUCCUAAUAUCUCAUUUGAACGAUAUGACUGAUAGUUUUUUUUUUUAAGGGCAUUUUAACUUUAACAGGUUGAAAGUCUUAGUUUUAAAAAACAAAGUUCUGCAUUUUCUAUGUUUAUAGCUUUCUAAUGAGAUAUACAAAGAUAAAAACAUAGGAAAUGCAGAUUGUUUCCAACUACUCAUACUUCUUAGGGGUUAAAUACCCCCAGUUUAAAACAUUUUCAUUAAAACAAAUGUAUCAGUAAGGAAUAGAUCCAGAUUAUUUAAAGGAAUAAUUGUUUGGUAAAGGAGAUUGCCAUUCUACUCCACUAGGCCCUCUUUUUUUUUUUUUAAGGACUAAGACUCCUGACCUGUUAAAAUUAAAAUGCCUUGAAAAAACUAAACUCUCAGUUAUUUACAUUUUCUUGUUGCGGGGGGAGAGUCUGAUGCAUUUGUAUGCGGCCCCACCCAGUGUAGGGAGAGCAGAGAGCAGGACACAGCAAGCUGGGGACACAUUGGCCUAUUUCCCUUUUGCCUCGUGCUUUCUGACCUGUAUUUGUUAACAAGCUAUUGUUAAUUCUCUUGAGAUGUCAGGAUUCAUUUCUCAGUUCUGCUGAACGUACCUCACUUAAUAACAAUAUUCUCAGGAGUCCUCUAUUGGAAGCUUGAAAUAAUAGGAACUCACACCAUGGAAAGAUAGUUCAUUCCUGCCUUUGUUGCCCACGUGUUCAAAAAUCGUGCUUAAUUUUAAGGCUUGCAAGAAUUGGGUUCUGUGGUUGUUGUGUUGUAGUUUCAAAUGCAUCCUCUAGGUGGCACUCAUGCACCACCAUUGUCCCCAAGGCUUCUGUCUCCUAAUUGUGUUGGUCCUAGCGUUUUGUUUGAUUGCUUGACAAAGAAAAUAUGGAAUUAUUUUCUGUUUAUGUAAAUCUACUUACACCAAUGAUCAUUAAACGUAUUUUGUA